AUUAGUGACUGGAAAAGAUGUACAACGACGAGGUGCGAACGCCACAAGCCCUCAAGAAUCGAUACAUUACAAAUGUGAACGGAUUGAAGUGCCGGGCGCGCCGGAACAGCCACUCGAACAGCAGCAACUCGUCGGUGGCGUCGGCAACGCCAACGAAUGGCGGCAAAGAAAAUGGAAAAUACAGCCCCCAGAUGUCGGGAAAUGUGUGCACCCCGCCCCCGAAAAGGCUGCACAAGGUGCGGAAUCCCUUCGAGGGAGCGAUGGCAGAUCGUUUACACCUGCCACUGAUCGCCAGCCCCUCGCUUUUCCGCUCGCGGACACCCCAACUCUCGUCCACCCAGUUCGAGUGGAACAUUGACGAGGUCUCCCAACUGAAACCCGCCGACGUGGAGCCCCAUGAAACCCAGUUCCACGAUUCCCCCGAUCCCGAGCAGGAAUCCAAGGCCCAGCUGGCCAUCAGUGCCUUUUUCAAGGAGUCACACAUUGUACCCAGUCCUGUGGAUUGUCCAUUGCGAAAACAGCGCAUAAUACUCAAUUGCAGCGAGGACAACACUCCCAUAUCGAACAAGUCGCGGAGGAUGCGGGAUUGCGAGGUGCAAACGGAACUUACUCUGCCGCCGAUAUUGCCAAAAGCCCUAGAGGAUGCCCUGCGUCCGUACUUGCAGCCACACUUGGCUGGCCGCUUGUCUGGCAGGAGCAAAUCCAGUGGUGGUCCCGACAUCUUUAAUAGUUCCAUGCGCCGGAAACUCUUCGAUCUGCACAAUGUUAUUGUUUUGGGCGAACAGGACACGGCGGAGCAGUCGAGGUCGAUGGUGGGCUCCAGUCCGCAGGGCAAGCAAACAAUGUUCGCGGGCAGAUUGUCGGAUUCCGCAUCCGGGGAAAGCAGCUUCGGCUGCCUUUCUCCCAUUAGAAACCUAUGCGGACUGCCGCCAGGCACUCCCGAUAAUGGCACUUGCUCGGGAAAGAGGAAACUUCUAAUGCACGAACUGGAGCUGCCGUCGCCCAUUGCCCCGUCGGAGCAUCUCAGUCGGAGAUUGGUGCACUCCAAGGUAGAGGUCAGCGUAACGGAGCAGCACGACACGUUGUCAGAGCGCACUGCAUUGAAGUUCACGCCAGACAGGAGUUCCUCGCCCAUGGGCGCACUGGAGCAUUCCGAUUGUAGCAUUAAUCAGAGGGUUCGUCGGCUGCGUGUGAAUAGCACGCGACAGGUUGUGAUCGAGGCAGGGGAUCAGCCGCUUUUCGAGGAAACGGAAGGGGAGGAAGAGGAGGCUGAAUCCGAGGACGACGAAGAGGCGGAGGCCAUGCAAUUAUCGACAGUGAGCUUCAACUGCAGCUCCUCCAACUCAGAUACUCCGCGCGGACAUAAAAGACAUCGCUCCGCACAACGCAAGAAUCUCUCGCAGUCCUUUAGUGCCAAUUUGGAGGAGGAAGCGGAUCAGACACCAGAUGCGGGCUCCAUCCAGCCGGCAGAGGCACCAUCGGUUGCGAUGCCCCAGCAAGGAGCCAGGAUUCCGCUAUAUCGGGCGGACAGCGGCUUCAACGAGACUUCUAGCACGACCUUUGCCUUCUCGCAGGAUCUCCCGCUGGAUGUGUCCAUGGCCUGCUGCUCCACCCCCUCCACCCGAUCUUGACCUCUGCCCUUCGCAGUUCUAGAUGGUAGCACCUACAUAUGUAGUUUUAUAGGCAAUCUAUGCAAUAACUCCUUUUCACAGGCUAAAGAGAGGAAGACUCGUUUUUUAACUGCAAUGUACACCCACCGUUUAUAUAUAUUUUGUAUUCGUAAUUGUGUGUUCUUAUAGAAAUCUGCCAAAUAGUGAAUUAAGCCGUGCGUUUAUGUCAUUUAUUAACUUAACUCAAUGUCUUUGUCUAGUUUAGGGUACUUAAUAAAAGUUCGUUCGAUGCCAUAUUUAAUGUAAUAAAAAGAUCCGGAGUUGUGCCAUUUUCUAGCUGCUUUAAAAA